AUGACGAGCGGGAGGCCGACGGCUCGCUCGAGGCUUCCCAAGCGCAGCGAUGUGAGCGUGAGACCAGCUGGUGGUACCCCUGGGACCGUUGGGACCGUCAGACGAGAUGACAAGCGUCCAGCGACGAUCCGAUCAGAGGCGCUCGACAUUAUGACCUCGCUGGGAAUGACGCCCAAGAAACCCUCUGCUGCAUCGGUCGGCUCUUCUGCAAACUCCUCUGGACAGGCUCUGGUCUCUCUCACUAAAGUUGAGCAUGGCAGCGAGGAUCACUUGCGGACGAUCAAACGACUGGAGGGCGAGAACCAAGGUCUAUCACAGCAAAUCUCUCGACUUCAGGCAGAGCUCGCUGGCCGCACUGCAGCUUCGACGCUGGAAUGCGAUGUCUGCAAGGCUCUUGGGAAAGAGGUGCAGCAGCAAGAGAGACUCCUUGCCGGGUAUGCAAGAGAGAACGAGCGACUAGCCGUCGACUACGAAGCAGGCCGUAAGAGGACUAGAUUCGUCGAAGAGCUGCUCCGCCAAUAUCACGGCGAGCAAUGGGAGAUGGAGCUCGUCGGCAGAUCGUCCGCAAAGUCAUUUCAGCCAGAAGUGAUGAGAACACCGAGCGCUCGCCACCUACCGGCCCAUGAGCUACCCGCUGUGCUCUUCUCCGCUGGACGCCAGCUCUCUCGAAGUCCGCCGGUUCCUGUUGCACAGUCAGAGCGCGAUGAUGGAGCAGACCCGGCAGCUGCGGCAGCAGAGACAGAAUUCGGUCGGGAGACGCUCUCACAGCGAUCACAGCAGUCACAAGUACGCAAGCCGGCUCAAGCCGAUCCGGGUGCGCUCGAAGCAGUCCGCGCUCUCUUGACCAGCAUGGAGCGACGUCUGCUCCAGAGAGAAGCUGACUUAGCGCUGCGAGAGGCAGACGCUCGGCGUGCUUCUGCCAACAUGACGUGCGAAAUGUCUAGAUGCAUGUCUGAAUGAGAUCGCAAGCUUGUGCAAAAUAUCGCAUGCGCAGGCUAGACUAGCUCGAGAUCAAAGGGAGUGUUGCUACGAGUUGGCGUUAGAGUGCCCUCGCGACUCCGAUUGAUGAAGCUGUCAAGCAGCUCGUAGAGGACCUGGUCGGUCUCGCUCCGCAUGCCUUCGGGAAGCUCCAGCGG